UGCAGAGCCAUUGCGUUGAAGCUAUCGUGUAUACAGGCUCUGCGCGUCGCACCACUGCACCGCCAGCCAUCCAUCAGAUCAGUCAGUUCCCUCCCUCCCCUAUGCACAACUGCAGCACACAUGAAGAACACUCACACAGUCAACCCAUUCUUCUCCCACACACACGUCUACUCGCGGCCUGCCUGACCUGUCAGCCGCCCGCACACCUAACUGAAAACUGGCGGAGGGCGGCCUCUCUGACAUCCGCACAGGCAGACACAACGAACCUCACAAAAAGCCAGCCAGGCGGGAAAGAGCCUCCCUCCCCAGCCACACACACACACACAUGCGGCCCCCUCAAUGCAUGAGUCAGACAGAAAGGCGGGCAGGCACGGACGGGCCAGGGAUUCGUUGCAAACAUUCAUUCCGACAUACCUACCUUGCGACACGUCGACAAACACAACACGACGAAAAAGAAAGGAUAUCGGCCACCACAACAAAACACCACAAACAGGGACGACCGACGCACAACAGAAAAAAAAGUCAGUCAGUGGGAGCGCUCGGGAGCGCCCCACCAGAUCGAAUAAACCCCCCACACCAUUCUCAUCCACCAGUCCUGCCGCGCCGACCUCACCCACCAGGUGUUGCCCUCCCCGCGCUCCCACAGCAUGACGCCGUUGACGUCGUCCUCGUACCAGCCCUCCUCCGCCUCCCCCUCCACUCCAGCGAGGCCGGUCAACUCGACCUGGGUGGCCAUGAACGGCUGGAACUGGAGCUUCGGGGGGGCGGGAGGGGAGGGGGGCAGGUAGUAGUGGUGCUGUGGGUGGGGGAGUGGCGGGGCGUAGGUGGUGGGCGGGUUGGCUGCGCGGGCGGCCACUGGCGGCUCCUGGGCCUGGGCCGCGGUGGUGGUGGUGGCCUCGUUGGUGGCGGGUGCGGCCUCGUUGGCCUCUCGGGCCUUCUGCUCGUCCAGCAGGUCCGCCAGCUGGCCAAUACACACAGCACAGCACAGAGAUGAGACCGACAUGCGUGUUUGUGCAGACGACGUUGCUGUAUGGUGGUAGGUGGAUGAGCACGUGUGUGUCGCAGACUCACCGCCCACAUGCGCGAACAUGCCUCAAUGAACUCGCCCACGCGGUGUGGCCAGUGGGACUCCCUCCAUCUCUCAAACUCCUGCAGAAACACACAGAAGGCCACACUCGGGUCAAGCUCCAUUGGUGCGCCGAUACAAGCGUGCAUGGGGUGAACUGCUCUGCAUUGGCAUGUCUGUGCUCCCUGCCUUUUCACUCACCUCCGGGUGGUCCAUCUGCAGCCGGCCGUACUUCAAGGACCACUCAUAAGGGUCAUCUCUAGCCAGGUUGGGGUAGGCGGACGCGGGGACGGGCAUUCUCUCAGCUCCUCUCUCGACUUGAAACAGCACACGGGGG